AUGCAGGCGUAUCCGGCACAAACGAGUCCUGCUGCGCACGAGGCCGCUCAUCAUGCCUGUCGGGAUGACAUAAUCCUGUUUGCCAUUCUGCUGACGCUUUGCACCGUUUGCGGCAUUCUCAACUACAAGCUGCUGCGCCUGCCCAUGACGAUCGGCAUUCUGCUCAUCGCCAUGAUCGGGUCGCUCGUGGUGAAAGGGCUGGACCUUGCCCUGCCCGAUGUCGAUCUGCACACCCUGCCAAUGACGCUUCUGGCCUCGGCCGAUCUGCCGGGCAAUCUGCUCGACGGGGCGCUGUCAUUCCUGCUGUUCGCCGGAGCAUUGCAGGUCGAUACACGCCAUCUGAUGGACCGGAAAUUUUCGGUAUUCUUUCUUGCCAUCGUGGGCACCAUCCUCGCCGUGUUCAUGCUGGGGAGUGCGAUGUACUGGGUGAUGGCGCAGGUCGGUCUGCCCGUGCCAUUCCUGUGGUGUGUCGUGCUGGGUGCCAUUCUCGCCCCGACCGAUCCUGUGUCGGUUGUGGGUAUGCUGCGGCGCCUGGGACUGCCGGGGCCGAUUCAGGCAAUUUUCGCCGGAGAGAGCCUUUUCAAUGACGGGGUGAGCAUCGUCAUUUUCGGCAUGGCCAUGACGCUGGUGACGGGCGAGGCCCAACAUCUGACACUUCUCGACGCGCUGGAAGCCUUCGGCAUGGAAGCCGUCGGCGGCGCGGCUCUGGGCUUCGUGGCGGGGCUGGUCGCCCUGCUCUGCUUUCGCGCAGCGAGGGACAGUCAUCUUCAGCUUCUGGUCUCGCUCAGCCUGGCCGCCGGCACAUUCAGCCUGGCCCAUGCGCUGGGAAUGUCCGGCCCCAUCGCCGUGGUCGUGGCCGGGCUGUGCCUGGGCAGCGAACGUGCCAAAAUCAGCAUGGACGAUCAUGCCCGCGAAGAGCUCAACAGCUUCUGGACGCUGGUCGAUGAAAUCCUCAAUGCCCUUCUCUUCCUGUUGAUCGGGUUCGAGGUGCUGGCAGCCAUCCCGAGCCUGCGCGCCUUCUGGGCGCUGCUUCUUGGCAUUCCGCUUUCCAUCGCCGCGCGUGCGCUGAGCGUGUUUCUCGCCAUCCUGCCGAUCCAUCUCUAUGGAGAAGAUCGCGGGCGUAUGCUGGCGGUGCUGACCUGGGGCGGCCUGCGCGGGGGUAUUUCGCUCUCUCUCGCCCUCACCCUGCCCGCAGGGCCUAUGAAGGAUAUUCUGGCGCCUAUCUGCUAUGGAAUCGUCGUCUUCACCAUCCUGGUUCAGGGGCUGAGCAUGGAGCGCGUGGCCCUGCACUUCUACCCCAAGAGCAAAUAG